AUGGCGAUCACUAUUACGGCUUCUAAUUUGCAAUCUGAACCAUGUAGUGCAAUUUAUCCCUACGUUCUUCUCUCAACAUACCGCCUUCUCGUGUGUCAGGUUUGUGGGUUCGCCUCUGUAGCCGAUGAGGUUGCUACUCAUUUGAAAACACGACAUCGCGAUAUGCAGCCAGAGCAUCGACAGGAGCUGGUAGAAAGGAUAAACCAGAUCCCAAAUAUUCUACGCAAUCAGGACGAACUACGUGAUUUACGGUACCCAAUGGAUAUAAUUGUACCCAUUCCGUAUCUUGCGCCACCAAAACUAGACGGUUUGAAAUAUCGUGCGUGCGGCCACAUUGUCCGUCGUAUUCAGAAGAUCCAAAAGCAUUGUGCUGAUGAGCAUCAAUGGACGAACCCAAGAGGCAGAGGAAGACCACCGCCGGAUUACCAUAUGUCCGCUUACGAGUCACCAUGGGAGGAGGGUGUCGCAUGCCAACGCUUCUUCCCUAGCAGGGCGGGCAGCAGAUGGUUCCACGUGGAUUCCCAGACACGACUACAAACAGAUGUCCACAAGAAAGUGCAUACAGAUUCGUUCCAAUCGCGAGUGGCGCCACAAGAACUCGGCCCGGUCUCAUGUUCUCAUCUGAGUGAGGUGGUAGAACGUGAAAAGAAGUACUGGGAAACAAUGAAUCAGCCACGUUUGAGUAGCAAAGACAUGGAUAGUGGCUUCUUUGCGACUACAAGUAUCUAG